AUGGCCGACACCGAGGAUACUGGCGCUGGAUCUGUCUCCGAACCUUUGGAUCUGGUCCGCCUCUCGCUCGAUGAGAUCGUCUUCGUGAAGCUCCGCGGUGAUCGCGAGCUCAAGGGUCGUCUACACGCAUACGAUAGCCACUGCAAUCUCGUGCUGGGUGAUGUCGAGGAGACCAUCUAUGUGGUGGAGGAAGAUGAGAAUGAAGAGGAGACCAUCCGAGUAUGA